GAUCGAGUCGUCGUUUGUUGUCUGUCGUUUUAUUUAACCCGAAAACCGACAGAACUCGGUCUCAAUUACCAGUGAUUUUAAGAUAAAGUAUUAACACCGCGACAACAACACACACACACAAGUCCCAUCACACACGCGCGGAGUGAGUCAUGGGGAAGUUACUAAGCCUGCUGGCACGGGAUGAAUCAACCUGCUGCACACCGAAAACGUACGACGUGUUUCUGGACUUCGAAAAUGCUGCCCCGACCGACCUGGAGCGGGAAGUGUACGAAGAGGUCGACCAUGUCCUGCGCCAGUCCGAGAUCGUCCUGGACGAGAUCCAGUGUUAUAAGGGUGCUGGCAAGGAAAUUCGGGAAGCGAUUGCCGAUCCGUCACCGGAAUGUCAAGAAAAGGCCUGGAACAUUGUGAUACCGCUGGUGGAGAAGCUGAAGCGCUGCUACGAACAUUCCCUCGAGCUGGAACGGAUCGUGCCGAAGCUGCUGGGACAGCUGGUGGGUGGUCGGCUUAACCCUACACAGCACCUGGAAACACAGCAGGCACUCGUAAAACAGCUGGCCGAGAUUUUGGAGUUUGUGCUGAAGUUUGACGAGUACAAGAUGAAAACACCGGCGAUUCAGAACGAUUUUAGUUACUAUAGACGCAUCGCCAGCCGGCAGCGGCUAGACCAGACGAACGAGAUGAUCAUCAGUACGGAGCUGGCGAACCGAAUGUCGCUGUUCUAUGCACACGCAACCCCUAUGCUCAAGGUGCUCAGCGAAGCGACAUCGAAGUUCGUUCAGGAUAACUCUGACAACGUUGAUAAUACGACCGAAACGCUUGGCACGAUGGCGAAAGUUUGUCUACGGAUGCUCGAAAACCCUAAACUAUUGGCACAAAUCGAGCGGGAAGAAACACAUCUGCUGCUGCUGCGAGUAAUGGUCGGGCUGGUGAUACUGUACGAUCACGUCCAUCCGGUCGGAGCGUUCGCACGUGGCGCUCACGUAGACGUUAAGGGUUGCGUGCGGUUGCUACAGGCACAGCCGGCCGUUAAAGCGGAACCCUUGCUAAAUGCGCUCCGCUACACAACGAAACACCUGAACGAGGACAACACACCGAAAAACAUUCGAAAUCUGCUUGCUGCCUAAAACGACCCGUUGGUAGAUAUCACCACCACCACCACCACCACCAGCCCCAUAAUAGCACGUACUACUAUUAUAACGCUACUAUUAUCGACGGAUAUCUACGUUUACCAUUAGCAAAACAAAAGUGUGAACAAUUAGGAAACGUGUAUCACCGGCAGGCUCGUGAAAACUGAAACAUUAGAAACGUGCAAAGUGCUUUUGUUGUGUGGGGCUAAUAAUGGGGAAAGGGCUUUUGUUUUGCCAAUUCGGUGUGUGGGUGUCUAGCAGGCGGAAGAAGGUAAACACAGUCGGAUUAUAAAUAUUUUACCAAUAUAUUACACAUAAUUAUACACUUUUCCAUGAAGAGAGACACAUGCUAACUACAUACACAUACACACAAACGCACAUGCCUAGAACAAUCUACUUAUAGUUUUCACUUAUUAUUCCUCUUUUCCAAACACUAAACUAUUGAGCUAUCAGCUCUUAGAAACAAUACCUUAAAUUUACGUUCUACUUUAUCAUUGUUUUGUUCUACUUUAGCAUACAAAAAAAAGCUGUUUUAGUGCUUAUUGCUUUCGUUUGUUAUCUUCUUUGAAUUUGUUUUAAUUUUGAAUCACUGCACUGUAGUUUAAGAACGAACAAUUUAGCUUAUUCUAUACGUUAUUACUGUUCUACGGUAGGAAGAACACUGAUUAUGCCGGAAAAUAAGGAUUUGGAAGAUUAGAUAAUGUUUUAUUUUUGUCUUUCUGUUUCCUUUUUAUCUCCUGUUUGGCUAUACACAGCACUACACUAUAGAGACCCGAGCGGGAAAGGGUAACGAAAGAUAAGAUGGAACGUGCGGAAAGAGAAACAAAGAUUUUUUUUUAGUAAUUUAAAAACGAACAAACGUAUAAAAAUAUAUCCAUCUGCUAGGCAUUUAAGUAUAUCUUGGAUAAAGUAAUUAAAGAAAGCAGAAAUCAUUUAAUAGCGCGCACCUUUAUAAAUUGUAUAUGUAUGAUAAAGGGGCUGAGCUGUGCAGAAAGUGAGUGCUGUUUGGAUGGUAGAUAUGGAUAGCAGAAAUGGAUGACGGUUUAGCAACAAAUAAAUAAAUAUGUAACGUGUGAUAAGAAAACAAAACGGAAGUGAGAAAACAGCUAGUUCCGAUGAGGCGCAAACGCUGCUUCACAAACUUAGUGCAACAGUGUUCUGCUGACGCUGCGAGCGAGUGAAUUCUAGGACAUUUAUUUAGUAAACGCGCGCAUUAAUGCACACCCUCAAACGUGAACAAACGGUGUCGUUUGUUUCGUUCUGAUGAGUAACACACGGCAGACCCCAAUAUAAACCGAUAACACUCACAGGCGUUUUGUUUAGUGUGUUGAACAACAUUUGUUAGCAUUAGUAUUGCGCAACAUUGUUGGUUGGUUGAAACAGUAAAUUUUCAUCAAACGGUCUGAUUUUUUGAAACCAAAAGCGAACAAAAAUCAUGCACGGUAUUAAUCUUGUUCUGCGUACAACAUUCGAUAAGUGAUGACGAGAGCGAACGCGCACGGUUGUGUUAUUGCGUUAGUUAAUAUCUAAAACUAAAUUAUCAUCAACAUCGGUUCAAUCAGUGUUAAGUAGUUCACUACCGGAAAAGUUAAUUGGGGGAACUUUCCACCGGAAAGGAGGGUAUUGUUGCGAUCACAGAACGCGCGCCAAUAGCUUUAACACAAUUUUCUCCGUUAUACAUCUUACACGCGCAAAAUUCAUCUGCGCGCAUAAUUAACGGAAGGAAAAUUGAACUCCUCUCGGUAUCACCAGGUGGAUUAACAACGGGUUUUGUUUUUACAUCCACACAAACGAAAGAAGAAAAACGAAAUCUAUCAAAAGUUUUGAUUCAAAACUACUACUACUAUACACUGCUGCUGCCACAGAUUCAGAUGUGUUCUACUAUUUUACAACGGCAUAAAACAUAGCGUUUUAACAAGAAAGCAAGGAAACCGAAAUUUAUUGCAAAAACAGAAAAUGUAAUACCAAACGUUGUUACCGUAAAUUUGGAAAAUGUAACAUAAGGGUGAAAUAAUCAUGAGUAAAGGUGUAUAAAACACACAUCACAAGAAGAUCCAAGAACAAACACAAAACCCCCAACAGAUGAUGGAAGAUAAUAAUAAGCACAAAGCAUAUGCGCAAAAAGCGAAAAAAGCUGUUAGCAGAACAAACUACUCUCUAGCGACAAACGAAACUACUUAUGCGUUGAAUGUAACGUUUUUAUUGGUUUAACGAAUUCAGUUGUAGCUAAAAUUUUAUUGCUUUCUUUAUA